AUGAUAGGAUUGAUUUGGAGAAGUAAAACGAUCACUCAAGGUGUCUCCAGCCACCAGAAUAGCAGAGAACAUACCAGCAAAGUUGAUGAAUAUCUUACAUCAAAUAAUAUUCCUUCUCCUUCUUUUGAUGUUUUUUGUCCCCUCACACUAUCUCUGCCGCCAGACAUUCAAGCUUCUAGAAAUUCUGUACUUGAAGCAUCGGAUGAGUUGACGGCUCUUAUGCUUGGACCUGUGGAAUCUUUAAUUCCUCCCCCAAACACUUGGAUAAGUGUGACCGCACUACAUCGAUUUGGGAUUGCAAAAUCCUUUCCCCCAACCCGCACUUCCACCUUCCCCGAAAUCGCCCAAACAUGCUCCAUCCCCGAAUCUGACGCACGCAGCUUAAUCCGACACGCAAUAUCCUUCUACAUAUUCCACGAGCCAUCCCCAGGAAUAAUCGCACACACCGCAUCUUCCAAAGCGCUUGCCGAAAUUUCUCCCGUCUCCGAUUUCAUCGGUUUCGUAAGCGAAGAAAUGUUACCCGCUUCUACUCGUCUCAUCGAUGCCAUGAUCAAGUGGCCUGGAUCACAGGAAUCUAAUGAAUCGGGCUAUGCACUUGUAAAUGGAACGGAUGUUCCCAUGAUGCAAUAUAUAUCAAGGGAUUCUAGACGAUCGCAACAAAUGGGAAAAGCGUUGGCGUUUUUGAAAAGCAGACCGAGUGGGAGUGUACAACGCGUCUUGGGGAGUUUUUCACGAGACGAUGCUGCAAAUGAUCUUGUAGUAGAUGUGGGUCGCGCGAAAGGAACAGUUAGGGUUGAGCUUUUAAGAUUUCUUCCUGAGCUCAAGGGUAUUGUUCAGGAUCAACCCGAAGUAGUCAGAGAUACUACGAUACCUGAUGAUUUGCAGGAAAGAUUCAGUUUCAUGGCGCAUGAUUUCUUUCAAGAGCAGCCUGUGAAGGGAGCAGAUAGUGCUUCCGGCCCCUUGUAUAUUGACACCAUACCAACUGAGGAGACAGAGAAUGCUAGAGUUCGCGAUCCGAAUGAUUGGGAACAACUUUUUGCGUCGAUGGAUGAGGGGUUCAAGUCGUUUCAAGUGGGGACGGUUGAUGGAUCGGAGCUGUCUAAGAUUUUUGUUACUUGGGAGGGUGAGGAUAUGUUUGAGGUAUGA